AUGCCACUUCUCGAUCCACGCUCAGAGCCAUCCUACGGCACUAUUGAACACGAACACAGCAGAAUGGAGGAUGAAAGAGAUCAACUGUUGCAGGAUGAGGUCGAGGGUCAGUCUAGUGGACUGUCCACACCGGAUGAAAUGCAGGAGGGAGUUCAAAAGAUCGAAGCUAUCAAUAUGACUUGGACAGCGAAGUCUUUAAUGAUAGCCUACGUCAGUAUAUUCCUCAUGGCAUUCUGCACAUCACUGGAAGGUCAGACUGUAAUGUCGCUGUCUGCAUAUGCGACGAGUGCAUUUAGUCAACACUCAUUGAUCUCGACCGUGCUAGUUGUUCAAAAUGUGGUCAAUGCUGUCAUCAAACCCCCUAUGGCCAAGAUCGCCGACGUAUUCGGUCGCUUCGAGGCUUUCUGUUUGAGUAUCCUUAUAUACAUGCUGGGAUACAUCCAAAUGGCCGGAUCUACCAACGUCCAGACCUAUGCCUCUGCUCAAAUCUUCUACUCUGCGGGCUCGACGGGGUUGCAGAUCCUUCAACAAGUCUUCAUCGCCGACAGCAGUGACUUACUGAAUCGUGCCUUCCUUGCUCUUCUGCCCCAAUUCCCGUUCCUGGUUACAGUCUGGCUCGGGCCGACCAUUGCGGGGGUGGUGCUGCGCACUAGCUCAUGGCGAUGGGGUUAUGGGAUGUGGGCUAUCAUCUUGCCUGCAUCCUUCUUGCCACUCGCCCUUACGCUGCUCUUCAACCAACGCAAGGCCCAGAGAUUAAAUUUAAUCAAAAAGCGAACCAGAAGACGGACGAACUUGCUCAGCGUCAUGCGUCGGACCUGGUACGAUCUGGAUGUGGGCGGACUCACCCUUUUGUCCGCUGCUGUCACAUUAAUUUUGGUACCUUUGACUCUGGCGGCCACUGCAAAGAACGGGUGGAAGAGCGUCAGUAUUCUGGUCAUGAUCGCGCUUGGUGUUGUUUGCCUGUGUCUGCUACCGCUCUGGGAGUCUUCAAGGAAAUUGGCUCCCAAGCCCCUGCUCUCUUUACAUCUUCUCAAGCAGAGGACUGCUCUUGCCGGCUGUGCAUUGGCGUUCUGGUAUUUCAUGGCCUUUUACUUUUCUGUUCAGCCUUAUCUCUAUUCCUACCUGCAGGUUGUACAUGGGUACGAUGUUGCCACUGCCGGCCGCAUCACGCAGACCUUUUCUUUCGCCGCCACCAUUUCUGCAUUCGGCGUCUCAAUUCUUAUCAAGUAUACCCGACGAUACCGCAUCUACAUUACCAUCGGAUGUGUCGUAUACAUGACUGGCCUAGCCCUUAUGCUCCUAUACCGAAGAGAACGAGCCUCGCACUUCCAAAUUCUCGGCACACAAGUCCUAAUCGGCAUUGGUGGUGGCCUAGUCAACGUGCCCGUCCAACUAGGCGUCCAAGCAUCCGCCAGCCACCAGGAAGUCGCAGCAGCCACUGCGAUGUUCCUGACUUCCAUGGAGAUGGGCGGUGCAGUCGGCGCUGCCAUCUCCGGGGCCGUUUGGUCCUCGGCCAUCCCACACAAACUUCUCCGCUACCUCCCCGAGGAAAGCAAGAGUCAAGUUGCUGAUAUCUUCGGCAAGCUGACCACCGCUCUGUCGUACCCAAUGGGAUCUGCAACUCGCAUUGCUAUUAACCGUGCGUACCAAGAGACCAUGAACCGGCUGUUGACACUGGCUGUCAUCGCCACCCUCCCCCUGAUCCCGUUAAGUCUUCUCAUGGUCAAUUACAAACUUGACAAGAUGGGCUCCGGUAGUCCCAACCCCCGGGGUGACUCGGUUCCAGUUGAGGCAGAGGUAGAGCCUAGCCCAGAUGACAGACACUCCAAACGAACAUAA